AUGCCUGUGGAAAGCGUGCUCGAAGCGUGUUUGAAUCAAAUGACAAAAGCCGCGGCAGAACCUCAAGACGUCGUCGACCGUUCGCGCAUGAUGGACGUCUGCUUGUCGCAACGGUCGUCGACCUUGUCCCAGUAUGCGUGGAUGGUGGCGGUGCAACUGGACCAAUACCAUGACGUGGCAACCUGUGCGCUGGCCGACGCGCUAGCUGCCACCUCAACUAGUACUACUACUAGUAGUACUAUGUCCCUGGAACUGCAAAAGACCAUGCUGAGCCUUGGCAAAUUGGCCGCCCUUGCCGCCAACGACAACUCGUCGUCGGAAGUCGUGCACUGGGCGACGCUGGGCUUGGACGUGGUGCUCUCGUGCGACGACGUUCAAACGUUCCACGAGCUGAAGCGGCAGCUGUGGCGCCAUGCGCUGGCAGUCGACGCGCCCUUGUGGCAGCAGAUUGUGGCUCGUCAUGCCACGAGCAUUCACGAAGUCGACGUGGAGAAAUCCAUGCGCUCCAGCGUCGUGUAUCUGGCCAUGAAGAAUGCCAGCUCCAAGAAGGCCCAACUUACGCUUGAGCUGGUGGAUGACCUCGUCAAAGAUCCGACACUCGAAGGCAUUAGCAUCAAAGCGCGACCGCUGCUGGCCAAGACACUCGCGCUCGUCGUGGUCCCCCCGCCGCCUUAA